GCAUUGAUCUUGGACCGCUCGUAGUUCUUAACGGUGUCGUUUUGUUUAGUGAUAUGUUCUUCGCUGCUUUUUAUCAUCUCCAGCGACUGUGUUCCCUAAAAUGUAGCUCUGCGCUGAAAGUCGCAAGUCUUAUCCUUGCUUAGGCAGUCAUGAAUUUGCUGAACACCAUUAAGAUGCAAAAGAAGGAGCCAGACAAGGCACCGCUGUUACCACCACCACCACUACCUGAAUUGCCAGUUCACUGGAUUGAAACCUCUGAUUCUGUCUCACGUCACUUCCAGUUUCAGCCAGAUGGUCGAAUCUCUAUGAAGGUAAUUGAUGAUUCAAGAUCAAUGUUUCAUCGCGUGGUUGAAUCGUUCCAGAAUAAAUUUUUUCCAUCUGGAUAUCCAUACAGCGUGAAUGAGGGAUACCUCAGAUACACACAGUUUCGGGCGCUCCAGCACUUAUCCAGUGCAGCAUUGUCUGUGCUGUCAACUCAGUCUCUGCUAUUUGCUGCAGGCUUGCGUCCUACGCCUGCACAAGCAACUGCUGUCAGUUGGGUAUUGAAAGAUGGGAUGCAGCACGUGGGAAAGCUAAUAUGUAGCAAUUUGGGUGCGAGAAUGGACUCAGAGCCUAAACGUUGGAGAAUACUAGCUGACGUGCUGUAUGACUUGGGUACUGGCUUGGAAGUUCUUUCUCCCUUAUGUCCUCAUCUUUUUCUUGAGGUUGCUGGCCUUGGUAAUUUUGCAAAGGGAAUGGCAGUAGUUGCAGCGAGAGCAACAAGACUACCGAUAUAUUCAUCGUUUGCAAAAGAAGGCAAUCUAAGUGACCUAUUUGCAAAAGGGGAGGCUAUUUCAACACUUUUUAAUGUUGUUGGAUUAGGAGUUGGGAUUCAAUUAGCAUCAACUGUUUGUUCAUCAAUUCAGGGGAAGUUGGUGGUUGGCCCUCUUCUUUCUAUUCUACAUGUUUUUAGCGUUGUUGAAGAAAUGCGAGCUGCUCCUGUCAAUACACUGAACCCACAGAGGACUGCCAUGAUUGUAGCUGAUUAUGUCAAGGCAGGAAAGAUAUCAAGUCCUGCUGAUUUAAGGUACCGGGAAGAUCUCAUUUUUCCGGGGAGACUCAUUGAAGAUGCUGGCAAUGUAAAAGUGGGGCGGGCUUUGCACAAAGCUUUUACACCUUCGAAAGUUCAUGAAUUAAAAGAUAUUUUUCCAGAGGAGAAGUUUCUUUUGAAUCGUGGAAAUACAUGGACUGACAUGGUACUGGAGCAAAAUGCUUCUGGUGAAGAUGCAUUGAGGGGAUGGCUAGUUGCGGCUUAUGCUACAAGUAUGGAGAAGUCUUCCCACAUGUGCACCCCUAGUGUCUUGCAAGAUGCUUACGAGAAAAUGAACAGCACGUUCGACUCAUUUUUGUCUGAACUGCAGGCCAAAGGGUGGCACACUGAUCGCUUUCUGGAUGGAGUAGGAAGCCGUUUCGCGUGGUAGCAUUUCUAGAUUUCGAUGAUAGUCUGCUCCUUAAAGAUAGGAAGAUUCUUUGAUUUAAAAAUAAAAAAAAAAAAGAAAAAAACUGAGUAGGGAAAGCAGAUCAAGAUCUGUACAAUAUAAAUUAGUAUUAUUUCAGAGAGUUCACAUUUAUUGAA